UCAAGCUGGGCGAGGGGCGUUGGCAAGCUGCUCGCGAGAUGUGGCGAGGGACUGGCGAAGUGUCUUUACUUCUCGCCCCAGCAGCUGAAGUAUCACCAAGGUCACACUCACAUGAUUGCGUGGAUGAAGGGUCCUGUUGGUGCGAGAGCCGGUGUUACCUUUUUCUGCACGUUGAGGUCUUCGAUGGCCUUGUUCAGCUCCUCCUCCUCUGCUGCAUGGCGGGCAGCCGUGUCCUAACCAGACAAGGAUUGCGAAGAAACGGAUGAACUGUGUGUGAUGAGAUCUGGUCAUAUCAUUACCUUCAGCUCAGCCGUCAGCAGGUUGUGUUCGGCCCUCAGUCGAGAGACCUCCUUAUCGAGAGCACUCUUCUCCUCCUGCACACAGACAGACGAACCCAUCGCACUUGAUGAGUCAGUCGCCCCACAGUGGUUGGUGGUCGCGUACGGUGAGCGUUGCGAUUUGCGCGUCCUGUGUGUACCCAUCCGAGCCUCAAUCUCACUCUCGCGACGCUGGAGAGCCUGACAAUGACACACACUGACACAGACAGAGUCAAGUUGGCGCUGAUGGAAGUGCUCUCGGAGCUCAUUCUUCUGUUUCUGACCUCCUGAAGCUCAUGGCUGUCGUCAGCAGUGCCGCCUCGCACUCCUGCAGCUUUUGGACGAGAAACGACUCCACCUGAUGAUUGUCCACAGCAGGAUGAAUCACCAUGCAUCGCCCAGCGCCCUUCUGUGGUGUGCAUCCACUCCUCCCCCGGCGACAUACCUUAAGCAGGUUCUGCAGCUGUGCGUCGGCAUCCUCUUUGGAGCUCUUCAGCUGCGUCAGUUCCUGCAGCACCUCCUCAGACAU